AAAAAAGCAAACAWUGACAGAAUGAGAAGAAUAGAAAUGGGAUAAAGUAUAACAAGAUAAAAAGCCACGAUUAAAACCCGAUAACGCCAGAAUAUGCAGGAUAUGAGMGGAAAACCAUGGAUACCAAGUUGUUUGAUGUUGCUCUUAUCACAWUGUCAGUUUUCGAUACGAAUUUUUCACCAWCAAAUCCAUGUUUGUUAUUCUUGUUUCCUUGGAAACGAGGAGAAACAUAAGGAAACCAUCUGAAAAUGUGUUUUGAGUCAUUAGCAAGUAAGAAAUGGYUAGUUCACAUCUGAUGUGUGUGAAUAGUCUUUUGGGACCGAAGUUAAAAUGCUAAGUUUUGUGUCAGUAAACUUAUGAUACGCUUAAAAACAUCUUUGUUCACAUUGAAAUAUAUCCCAAAAAAAACCUUGAAAAUGACGACCCACAACUAGUGAAAAAAAGAAAAGCUUUUAGAUAGAUAAAUCUCUAAUUCAUAUACGGAAUAAAACUUUUAGCACGUAGACGAAUAGUGCUGUAAUCCUUUUUAAGGCAUUAAAACCAGAUCAGCUUGAAGUAAAAGGUGAAGUUAAGCUGUUGUUGAAAAGAGCAUCAAUUUUAACCAAGGAAAUUCAUUAAUUAAUGUCAACAUCAAUUUGACACUUAAUGAUUGGUCCAAGACUCCUUAAUCCAAACCAAUUCACUUGCAAACGACGAAAAUCGUUCAGUCUAAAGAGAAAACACGCAAAAAAAAAACAUGAAAAAGAACACGAAUUUUGCUAUAUAUCUAAUUUAAAUUGAAAAGUAAAAGUCUAUAAUUUUACUAGUGAUGUUUUGUGCUCGUGGUGUGCUAGAGCACGCUAUCCCAUGAUUCCUUGAGGUCGCUCUAUUGUUAUGAUACAUAUAUCGGUUCAUGUUUUUGUAGCACUCUUGACAGUCUCAGUUUUGGCUCGUCAUAAAGAGUUUAAGACUUGUUACAUGUAGCAAAACGACUCAUUGAUUUGAUCAUGGAUGGAAGKCAUGACUUUGGAAGGAAGUUUCCGCCAAGAAGUAAGUUCAAUGACGAGGAAGCUACCGCAGUUUUGAGGCUGAUAAUUGAACAAGAAAAGCUGCUUAAAAACGCCAAUGUCAGUCCACUAUUAAACGUCUCAUCCAAUAGACUACAACGACUACCGCCUUUGAACGAAAAGCGCUCUGAAUCUUUGGAUGAAAAUGAACUUGAAAACGUGCGGACUCGAAAGUCGUCGGGACAAGACGAACCUGGUUCAGAACUGUUUUUUAACAAACCUACAUUAUUAACGAAAAAGGAUUUACACGUUAGUGAUAAUACUGGAACUUUACCCGGAAAACCUGCACGGAUUCCUGACAUAUACAGUAGCCCUAAGAUUGCUAGGCAUCGUGAUCGUAGCGAUAGGCCUAAAGGUUCGUAUGGUAGAACUAGACACAGGUCGCCCGAACCUGACACGAACGCUUUUGAUGAAGAACCUAAUGCUCAUGAGAACGGCUACACGUCCAUAGAUUCUGGAUAUCUUGACGAAGGAGAAAACAAGAUCUCCUCGAAAUCAUUUUCCCCUUCUUAUAUCAACUAGAAAAAGUAUAUUUUAUACAUAAAGACGUUUUAGACUGUAUCAAGGUAGAGACAAAUGUUUUUAAGCGAGAUCUUCGCUCCAGCACAAUAGACAUUUCACUUUCAAUAGAUUGGAUUAUCCAUUGAAGUAUUAAUUACUGCAAGAAAAGGACAUUUUAGAGAUGCUUUUAUUGUGUAUAAUGAAACGGGAAAUACUAUAAAAAAGGCUCAAUUGUUGCCAGACGAUAAAUAUUAAAAAAAUCAAUUUUACAAGUAUUAGUACAGGAAACUAGCGUUUGGUUGGGAGCUGAAUCAACAUACGACCAUGUGCGUUCGAGAGCUUUCUUUUGUCUUUUUAUAUUACAGCCUGACAGCUUAUACACUACCUGACAGUCAUCUAUUAAUUUAUUUAUCAGUCGAAAAAAAUAAAUUGGGUAUAAAUUAUAUAUCACUCCCAAUGUAAAUGAUAAAAGAACAGAAACAGCUAUACCAUGAAUACUAUUUAGCAUACUUCUAUUAGUGAUUGUAAAAUAUACCGCUUCCCCGCGGUUUUUCAACAGAAAUAAAGACUCGAUGUCUGCAAAAAUAA